GGCUUGGUAGUGGAAAUGAGCUGCAAGGAAACUUGUGCUAUUUCAUGAGGGAACCUUAACUGCCUGGAACAACUGAGCACCAAGACAACCUGUGAAGAAGCCCUAUGAAGGUGACCAGCCAUGCAAUGUUCCUGGAAGGCUGUCCUCCUACUAGCCUUGGCAUCCAUCGCGAUCCAGUACACAGCAAUCCGGACCUUCACCGCCAAGUCCUUUCACAGUUGCCCCAUCCCCAACCCCGUGAACUGCAGCCUGAGCCAGGAUGCUGAUGCAGCUGACAGGCUAUGCGAUGAGAGCCCCACUUUUGCAUAUAACCUUUCUAGGAAGACACACAUCCUCAUCCUCGCCACCACCCGCAGCGGCUCCUCUUUCGUUGGACAGCUCUUCAACCAGCACUUUGAUGUCUUCUAUUUAUUCGAGCCCCUCUACCACGUGCAGUACACGCUGAUCCCCAAACUGACCCAGAGCAAGAGCACUACAGACAGGCGGGUCAUGCUGGGGGCCAGCCGAGACUUGCUGAGGAGCUUGUACGACUGCGACCUCUACUUCCUGGAGAACUACAUCAAGCCGCAGCCUGUCAACCACACGACUGACCGACUCUUCCGCAGAGGAGCCAGCAAGGCGCUGUGCUCGCCACCCGUCUGCGAGUCUCUGGGAGCUGUCGAUCUGCACCUGGAGGAAGGAGACUGCGUGAAGAAAUGUGGUACCUUGAACCUGACACUGGCCACCGAGUCCUGCAGAGAGCAUGGGCACGUCGCCAUCAAAACAGUGCGGGUGCCCGAGGUCAGCGACCUGCGGGCCCUGGUGGAGGACCCGCGCCUGAACUUGAAGGUCAUCCAGCUGGUGAGGGAUCCCCGAGGGAUCCUGGCAUCCCGGAGUGAGACUUUCCGGGACACCUACCGGCUCUGGAGGAUCUGGGAUGGCACUGGCAGGAAGCCGUACAACCUGGACGUGACCCAGCUCACCACCGUGUGUGAGGACUUCUGGAACUCUGUUUCCACCGGCCUCAACCGGCCACCUUGGCUCAAAGGCAAAUACAUGUUGGUGAGGUAUGAAGACCUGGCCAGGAACCCCAUGAAAAAGACUGAGGAGAUCUACGAUUUCCUGGGCAUCCCCAUGGACAGCAACGUGGAGCGCUGGAUACAGAACAACACCCGAGGAGACCGGUCCUCGUCCAAACACAAGUACGGGACGGUGCGAAACUCAGCGGCGACAGCGGAGAAGUGGCGUUUCCGGCUGUCCUACGAGAUCGUGGCAUUCACCCAGCGCGCCUGCCAGCAGGUGCUGGCGCAGCUCGGCUACAGAACAGCCAGCUCCGAGGAAGAGCUCAAGAACCUCUCCGUCAGCCUCGUGGAAGACAGAGACUUCCUGCCCUUCUCGUAACGCAGCCCUGGGGUGGCAGGCCCUAUUUUUGAUACGGACUGUUUCUAACUGUUGCCUUAUUUUGUUUUCUUUUGAUUUGUUCCCUCCUCCUUCCCUUCUCUCUUCUGUCUUUUUCUCUCUCCAAAAUUUGCACUAAAUCGUGAGCGGGACUCUCUGAGCGGAGUCCAGGGGAAGUGGUUGCCACCUCUCACAACACGCUUCGGAUGCAAGAGGAACUGGGUCUCUCCAAGCAAGAGCUAGAACUGUGGAUGGGUAACAAUGUUUACAAAACACACAAAAUGUAAAAGACAACCGUCAAGCUUUCCAAACUGAAAGGGUACCUGGGGUACUGUACUUUUGCACUGUUUACUUUUACAAUGUAAGAGGUAAAUAUAAAUAUAAUUUAUGAAUGAUCUUGUCCCCUCCAGAAUAACUCCCCUUGUCCUCUGGUGAGCAAGUUAUGCUGAAUGUGGAACAACCUCCUUGCUUUCAGUCUCAGUUCAAUAUGUCUGUCUGUUUAAGUCAUGUUAUUGAGCUGGGCAGUUGGUCAGUUGCCGAUACCUGGUUGUUUGGUAACAGCUGUGAUAUUUCUUUGUGCCAAAAAGAAAAAAAAAAUAGAAAAGAUAAAAGAAAAAAAAACACAAAAGGAAGAAAAAAAGUGAUCGGGCAGUUUGGUAAAAACCCAACACAUUUAAUGCUUUAUUUCUGUGUUUUCUGUAAAUAAAAGAGUGCAAUAAAACUGACCUGGGGGGGUGAAAUUCAA